AUGCCAGACUUCGCCGAGGAUCACUUCACUGCAGCGACAUCAUCAACCGAGGCACCACAGGAGAACAAGUUCGAGCGCCGAGAGUCUCAAGACUCCUUCUCGGAAGAGGAGCCCUCCUCUCUUGUCGAUGAGCCGUUCUACCUUGGCUCAAGCUCUGGGGCCACGAUCGCCAGAAUGAUCCAGUCUUCCAUAUUCCACGGGGCCGGGGGAAGAGCCAUCAAUGAAGCCAUGGCUGCGGUUCAGCCUGGAGUCCUUCGACCACCCCUAUCAACAGGUUCCCCAUCUUCACAUUCCGAUGAGCCAAUGUCCGAAUUUCCCCAUCCGGACCAGGCAAAAAUGCUCUUCGACGUAUUUUUCAAUCGGCUUCACACCCGCUGGCCUAUCUUGGACAGGAAGACGUACAUCGUACUGUUCAAAAACCAGUACGACCAAGGAGCUCUGCCGAUUCAACAAAGAAGCAUCAUGCACCUCAUAUAUGCGAUCUCGGCCAGAUUUCUGCAGUUGAUGAAGAAGCCCUGUGACGUUGACCCUGAACGUCAUCUUCUAGCAGCCAUCGAGCCAAUGGAUUUCAUCUUAGAGCAGCAUAACCUGGCAACGGUCCAAUUCCUGCUUUUACUCGCCGUCCAUGGCCAGAGAAGCCCUUUCGGUGCCGGAUGCUGGUCACAGGUUCGAUACGCUGUAACACUCUGCAUAGAGCUGGGCCUACAUCGGAAGCAGACGGGCACGUCCUCACACAGUCAGCGCGAUAUUGAGAUAAGAAGGCGGGCAUUCUGGGCUUGCUACUGUCUGGACAGAAUGACGAGCGUGGUAUUGGGAAGAACAUUUGCCAUUGAUGACAGAGACAUCAACGUGGAGAUGCCUAGCGACGAUAAUACGUUUUGGGACCUCACGGCCUUGGGCAGCCCGCCGGCACCUCCUGAACCAGCUUGGUCAAACAUGAAGCCGUUCAUUCACAUCAUCAAGCUCCGUCGAAUACAGUCGAGAAUCCACAGGCGCGUAUACCGUGUCGACAAGGAUGUCUUUGCGGGAUCACCAGAUGAGAGGGCCAAACUUCACUCGAAAAUGACGGCUAUUCGGGGCGAGCUAGACGAAUGGGCGAGGAAAAUCCCACAUCCGCCGAAAGACUCCAAGUCUAUUACAUGGAUGUAUGACCCAGAAAGCGCGUAUCACGACUCAAGAGACUUCUUCAAUCUACAAUACCAUAAGUCCAUACUGUCGCUCUUUACCGUUCUACUUCCGACCUUGAACACAUCCGACCCGAGAUUCGUGACCUGCGCACGAUCGGCAGCCUGCGUAUGCACCACAUACAAGCGCCUCAAUCAGCAAAAGACUCUCAGUUACACAAUGAUGGCGCUGCACUCAUGUUUCAUCGCUGGACUCACGUUGGUGUACUGUCUGUGGAGAGACCGCUCUCUCUUCUCCUACGACGCACUGGAAGCUACUCGCGCCUGUUCCCAAUCGCUCACAAUCUUUGGCGAGAAGUGGCCCGGGGCAGUCAAAUAUCGCGACAUUUUUGAUGCUCUCUCCGGAAGUCUCUUCAAGACCAUUGUCAACCCAAGUUCUCCCUCGGGUUCGGGGCUGAAGCCGCUCAAGGUGGACCUCGAAGCGGAGCCUGGGGUCUCACCGACGAGUCCUGCUGUGUCGCCCAAGACACAACACGAAGGUAAGCCGAUUAUGAGCCAUGCCAUCUCUGAUGCAGUUAAAGAGGCGUUUAUGGAGGUGGACGAGGAAGCGCCUGGCGGAUGGCAAGGGUGGAGGAUGUUCAAUGAGAUGGUGCACGACGACUCGAUACCUGAGCAUAUGGAAAUGAUCAGACACGAGGAGAUUCUACCCGGCGAUGAAGGCGGCAAUGGAAGGGCACCGGAGUACGACUCAGCAUUUAUCCCGGAGGCACUUCCGAUAGGAACAUUGGACUCGGAAUGGGACUUCGGAGGUCUGGAAGGACAUUAUUAA